CCCUGCACGAAGGAAAUAUAUGAGAUCCCCUCUCGUCCCUGAAAUGGCGACACAGGAGGUACAGCUGAAUGAGACUCUGUCCCAUCUCAAAACGGAGUCGGACACGCUGAAGACGAAGCUGGAGGAGGAAAGAGCGAAGCUGCACGACGUUGAACUACACCAAGUGGCAGAGAAGGUGGAUGGGCUGGGUCAGUUUGUCAUGAAGACACGAAGAACUCUGAAGGGACAUGGCAACAAAGUUCUGUGCAUGGACUGGUGUAAGGACAAGAGGAGGAUCGUCAGCUCCUCACAGGAUGGAAAGGUGAUUGUCUGGGAUGCUUUCACCACCAACAAGGAGCAUGCUGUUACAAUGCCUUGCACCUGGGUGAUGGCCUGCGCCUACGCCCCCUCCGGCUGCGCUGUAGCUUGUGGGGGCCUGGAUAAUAAAUGCUCGGUGUAUCCCCUCUCUCUGGACAAAAAUGAGAACUUGGCUGCCAAGAAGAAGUCAGUGGCCAUGCACACAAACUACCUGUCAGCCUGCAGCUUCACCAACUCCGAUAUGCAGAUCCUGACGUCCAGUGGGGAUGGAACAUGUGCAUUAUGGGAUGUUGAGAGUGGGCAGCUGUUGCAGAGUUUCCAUGGACAUGCCGCAGACGUGCUCUGUCUGGACCUGGCCCCCUCUGAGACUGGAAAUACGUUUGUUUCAGGGGGCUGUGAUAAGAAAGCCAAUGUGUGGGACAUGCGUUCAGGACAGUGUAUUCAGUCCUUUGAAACUCAUGAAUCGGACAUAAAUAGUGUGCGAUACUAUCCCAGUGGAGAUGCAUUUGCUUCUGGCUCAGAUGAUGCUACAUGCCGGCUGUAUGACUUACGGGCAGACAGAGAAGUGGCUAUUUAUUCCAAAGAGAGCAUCAUAUUUGGGGUCUCCAGUGUUGAUUUCUCUCUCAGUGGACGGUUACUAUUUGGCGGCUACAACGACUACACCAUCAAUGUGUGGGAUGUUCUCAAAGGAACACGAGUCUCUAUUCUGUUUGGCCAUGAGAACCGUGUCAGCACAUUGCGUGUUUCUCCAGAUGGGACGGCCUUCUGCUCAGGUUCCUGGGACCACACUCUUCGGACCUGGGCUUAAUGAUGAAGACACAGAGGAUUAAAUGGUAGACAAACCUAUUGAAGACACACCAACAUUUCUGUUUGCUAGAGUACAAUCACAGAGCUAGAGUCUCACUUUUGGUUGUACAUGGGGCAUAUCAAUAGCAUUGUGUAUAUACUCCAGGCUCAUGGUCAUAGUACAUUUACAUAUUUCAGAGUAAUUAAACCAAAUGGCACGCUUCUGUUACAGUAUGAUUGAAAGAAAAUUGCACAGAGAUACUUAUGGUUACAACUUAAGAUGUUAAAUGUAUAUUGCAGAAAAUACCAUUGGUAGUGACUAGCAUCAGACUAGGAUAGAAGUGACACAAUAAAGUGAUGUGUUGUAUAAGCCCACAUAAAGGACACUACUUGGUAAUUUAUUUGUUGUUUUUUUGCACAAAAAAUAA